GGGAAUUGGCCGCGACUUCACAUUUUCACAACCCCGAGCCACGAAAUUGUCUGAAGCCCAACACACGCCGAGGUGAGUGCAAUCCGGCUCGUCGAUAUAUCCAACCUGUUCCCGACAUUAACCUGAGCCUCCAGACUAUCGAUUCUUGGGGAAAAUGGCUUCCAGACCUACCGUCACGAUCCUCGGCGCCGAUGGCGCUGCCACCGGUGCAACUCACACCUACCCGACCGUGUUCCUGAGCCCGAUCCGCCCGGAUAUCGUUCAGCAAGUCCACACCGGAAUGGCCAAGAACAAGAGACAGCCUUAUGCCGUCAGCGAGAAGGCCGGCCACCAGACCUCUGCCGAGUCCUGGGGAACUGGACGUGCCGUUGCGCGUAUUCCCCGUGUCUCCGGUGGUGGUACCCACCGUGCCGGCCAGGCUGCCUUCGGUAACAUGUGCCGUUCCGGUCGCAUGUUCGCCCCUACCAAGACCUGGAGGAAGUGGCACAUCAAGAUCAACCAGGGCCAGAAGCGAUUCGCUACUGCCUCCGCUCUGGCUGCGUCCGCCAUCCCCCCUCUGCUGCUCUCCCGUGGUCACCAGAUCUCGACUGUCCCCGAGGUUCCGCUUGUCGUCGACUCGGCCGCUUUCGAUGGUGACGCCAUGGCCAAGACCUCGGCUGCUCUGGGUCUCCUGAAGGCUGUCGGUGCCGGCAGUGAUGUGGAGAAGGUCAACAAGUCGAAGAAGCUCCGCGCCGGAAAGGGCAAGCUCAGGGGCCGGCGGUACCGCCAGCGCCGUGGUCCCCUCGUUGUCUACGACCCCGAGGUUGACGGCAAGGAGCUUAUCAAGGGCUUCCGCAACAUCCCCGGUGUUGAGACCUGCUCUGUCUACGCUCUCAACCUCCUCCAGCUCGCUCCGGGUGGCCACCUCGGUCGCUUCAUCAUCUGGAGCUCGGCCGCCUUCAAGGCGCUCGACAAGGUCUACGGCACCACCACCGAGCCGUCGGCGCUCAAGAAGGACUUCCUCCUGCCGUCCAACGUCGUCUCGCAGGCAGAUCUCGGCCGUCUGAUCAACAGCUCCGAGGUCCAGAGCGUCCUCCGGGCCCCCAAGGGCGAGGCACGCACCAAGCGCGGCCACGUGCAGAAGAAGAACCCGCUCCGCAACAAGCAGGUCCUCCUCCGCCUCAACCCGUACGCUUCCACGUUCCAGAAGGAGAAGCUCGGCGAGCAGAAGAAGGAGGGUGGCAAGCCCCAGUCGGUACCGGAGAGCUUCAAGGUGCUACUGAACGAGAACUAGGAUGGUUCCCAAGAAAAAGGGGAGGGGAUCGGGCUGCAUGGUUGCUACUUUCGAGGCGUAAUGGCAUAGGAAUGUGCUAAAUCCAUUUUCAAUCAAGUUCUCUGAAGAUCCCGAGCCAAACUCGCCACUGCUGUUCCGUGUGAUGCAUCGUAGUCUCUGCAAGCGGCUUCGGCUCCUUAUUUCCAGGGACUUGAUUUGAAGAUUUUGGCUGUUACUAAAGAGCCAGCCUGCGUGAGUAGAGCGGCAUUGAUAAGAAGAGUGGGUUGCCGGUUUUAGAGCCAGAAGUUGAGAUGUCCAUCCCUGAAUUGAUACAUGCAGUGUCAUUCUAAAUGAGACUGUGCUCUGCAGAGCAUCAAUCACUAUUCCGAGUAAUUUUUUUUCUCACUUGUUUUCUUUCUUACAUGGCUAGAAUCCGUACCUCUUAACAUGAAGACAUCCUCCGACUGCGCAACGAAAUGCCCUCCCCACCCCUCAAGCCCGACG